AGCGUGGCCGGGAGCAUGCUGGACGCUGCCCUGCUCCUGUCCAACGCCGCCAGGCUGCAGGCGCUGCUGGAGCGCGGCCCCACCGCCCCCUACUACGUGGCGCUCACUGUCCUGCUCAGCCUCUCCCUGCUCCUGCAGGUGGCCAUCGGAGUCCUCCUCGUGGUCAUCGCGCGACUGAACCUCAACGAGGUGGAGAAGCAGUGGAGGCUGAACCGGCUCAACAACGCCGCCACCGCCUUGGUCUGCAUCGCGGUGGUCCUCAACGUCUUCAUCACGGCCUUCGGGGCACAUAAGACGGGGCUCCCUGCGGCCAGGACCUCGCAGAACCCCCUCUGAGCCCCACGCCGGGAGGUCCUGGGCCUGGGCCUGCUUCCGCUUUCCGCCUUGACCUGUCAUGCUGACAAGCGCUUCCCAGUCGUCCUCCACCCUGGCCCCUCCCC